ACGGUCCCGCAGAAACGCGAAAGGCGUGAAUGUUCACGCUUCCUAGCAACUACGCGGCCCGUAGGAAGUCACAAUUUAUCGCUCAAGCUCAAGGUCGAUGCUUAUCGUUCGCCAUAAACGCUUCGGACGUCGACCAAGCUAGUUCACUCGUAUUUCAUCGCGAUUCGCCGCCGUGGUCGGCCGGUAACGGACAAUUUGUCGGGGUGUAUCGUUCGGGCGACGAAAAGACGAAUCCAGGAACGAUCCGGGAUAAAAAUGAGAUCAUGGUUCGUCCUGUUAUCGUUGGUAGUCCUCUUCAUAGGCGGCCGGACAGAGGCGAAGAUCCUGGAAGAGUGCGAGGCGGUGAGGCAGCUCCAGCGAGCGAGGAUUUCCAGGAGUCUGAUCAGCAACUGGAUCUGUCUGAUGGAGAAUGAGAGCGGUCUGAACACUAGACUGGUCACCGGACCGAAAACAGCGUCCAGCUACAGCUACGGCGUGUUCCAAAUCAACAGCGCGAAAUGGUGUACCAGAGGACGCGCCGGCGGCAUCUGCAACAAACGCUGCGAGGACUUCGCGGAUGACGAUAUCCAGGACGACAUCGCGUGCGCCAAAUUGAUCUACGAUCGCGAGGGGUUCAAGGCUUGGGACGGCUGGCUGAAGAAGUGCAAGAACAAGCCGUUGCCGAAUAUCAGCGGCUGCUUCCAAUAAAUAUCGACGUAAUCCGGUUGGCUCAAGGACGCUGUUGAAUAUUUCGAUAAUGGCAUGCAAUUAUGUACUCGGUUUAUGAAUCGGGUUCUGGGAACGCGUUUCACUUUCGUGUCCCGUCCGUGCUCUCUUUAUGCAACCGUAUCGGAAUUUGUAACAUACUUUAAGGCAAUUACUGUAAAACCGGGGGAACAGGAGAAUCCGAGUGCCCGAGGGUUAAAGGGAAACGCGGCGUGUUGAUGCGCCGGUAAUACCCAUGAUAUUCAUAUACGAGAAGA